AUGGCAUCUGACGGGCCUCCCAAAUCCCCAACUGCCUCGAGCAGCGCAGACAACCCAACGAGCGGAUCACCUCCCAAAUACAUACCCCAAUUCUCUGCUGCGACAGAAAUGAUCCUCAAACGUAUCCAAUCAGGUGCUGUUGGUAGUACCUCGAACCUCUCUUCGAUUGGCAUUACGGGCACACCUCCAGGAUAUGAGGAUAUGAGGCGGAAUGUGCUUAUGGGUAUGAAGACUACGUUGAAUAUGGAAAUUCCAAGUACCCCUCCAAGCAACAGAGGGAGAGGCGGUGCUGCUGGGAGAGCUUCUUCGGGAGGCAGGGCGAUUGCCCCGCGACCUUCCUCUACACCCUCAAACGGCGGGGGAGGCUCGGGAAGCGGCGGGAAGAGGAAGACUCCGAGGUCAAGAGGGGCAAGAGCGGGGAUGAAGAGGAAGAGGAGGAAGUCUGAAAGUCUCAGCUCUGAGGAAUCAGAAGCCAUGUCAAAACUCGGAGGGGACUCGGAUUCAGAUGACGCCGAAAGUGUCACUGAUUUGCCCAAGAUAACGCAGUCUGGCCGACAAGUUGUGAAGCCCGCACCAUUUGUUCCGGCAGCGGCAGAAAGCCAUACGAGACGACGAGCACCUUCGAAGAGAACACAGGAAAACGCGCUAUGUAGAAGAUGUGGGCGAGGACACAGCCCACAGAGCAACAUGAUAGUGUUUUGCGAUGGGUGUAAUCUUGGUUGGCAUCAAAUGUGCCACGAUCCUCCAAUAUCGGAGGAGACGGUAAAAGAUGAGGCCGCGCCAUGGUAUUGUGUAGAUUGCAACCGUAAGAAAGGCAUGAAGUCAGGAAACUCUGACUUUCAAUGGAAACGCUCGUACUUCAACUCCCUUCCACACCAACAGCUCGUAUCCCUUCUCAUGCAAGCUACAGUACUUCACCCGAACAUUCCGCUCUUUCCCCGGGAUUAUAAUCCACCAUCAAAGCAAGCACAGCCCGCGGGAUCCUCAGACCGUCGUACAAAUAGCCCCUCCCAACAGCAUUUCCCCGGUACUUCGACCGCUGGGCUUUUCACUCGCGCCGAAUCAAACCCCAACGCAACAAUCAACUUCAUACGCAAAAUACCAGGUGAAACAACACCACCGUUCUCGUCCUCCCAGCAGGAUUCCGCGCACCCCGCGUCUGCACUUCUAGUGGCAAAUGCCCAAGAUGGGGAUAGCAGAGAGAGUACACCAGCCAGUCCACCUUAUCCUAAACCAGGAAAUGGACUAAUGGCGAAAUUGGGGCCAGACGAGGAUGAUAUGGAGUGGUUAGUUGAUAACAAUGAUUUUAACGCCUUUAGUCAUGUAAUGUAUGACGAUCACGGGGAGAGGAUACAAGAACACCAUGGCUUGCCAAUCAUGGGCGAACAAGGUGUUCUAAAUGCUUAG